UGCCUCAUUUAUUAGAGCUGAGCACCAUGGGGCCUCACCUGUGUCUCUUGUCCUGAUUCAGGUGUCUUGUGAGUGCAGGAUCCAGACCCUGUGGCAGCCAAAGAUGACUACUUUAGGCAACCUGACACCAUCAAGCACUGUGUUUUUUGCUGUGAUAUGCAAGAGAGAUUCCGUCCUGCCAUAAAAUACUUUGGUGAUAUCAUCAGCGUAGGUCAACGGCUGCUCCAAGGUGCGCGGCUCUUAGGAAUUCCAGUCAUUGUAACUGAACAGUAUCCCAAAGGCCUUGGCAGCACUGUGCAAGAAAUUGAUUUAACAGGAGCUAAACUUGUGCUUCCCAAAACAAAAUUUUCAAUGGUUUUGCCAGAAGUUGAAGCAGCAUUAGCAGAGAUUCCUGGAGUCCGCAGUGUUGUCCUGUUUGGAGUAGAAACUCAUGUCUGCAUCCAGCAAACAGCACUGGAAUUAAUUGGCAGGGGUCUGGAAGUUCAUAUUGUAGCUGAUGCCACCUCAUCAAGAAGUAUGAUGGACAGAAUGUUUGCUCUUGAGCGUCUUGCUCGUACUGGAAUCAUAGUUACUACUAGUGAAGCUAUUUUGCUGCAGCUGGUAGCUGAUAAAGAGCACCCAAAAUUCAAAGAAAUCCAAAAUCUCAUUAAGGCAAGUGCCCCUGAGUCAGGCCUCCUUUCCAAAGUUUAAAGAGUGUGUGGAGGAAGUAAAUGUCCUUGUCGUCUUUAAGGAUUGUGGAAAGCUCAAACACACAUGUACACCUUCUUUCACUGUUUGGCAUAAGUGUAAAAUUAAAAAUUGAAAUACUUGUGCUUGCCUUAGCAAAAAUUGUCUGGUUAUACUUCUGGGUGCCACAAUGUUCUGUUCAGUCACAGCUGUCAGAGGGUUAGGGUACCGUAGGACCCUUUGUUGUCAAACUUCAGUACUUAAUUUAAGAAAAUAAAAAUUAAGAGAGGUGCCUGUUAUCCUAUACACUGAUUGUAACAGCUCAAAAUAAAGUGCAUACUUCUGUGAAACUUCUUGAUUGUGCACUUUGUUGAAAUAUUCUGUGAUAAUGUUUUAGUUUUGUAUUAGUAAAAGAUAAAUACAUGUUGGAUAAAUGUGUUGUGAUAUGCUUUAAUGUUCUAUGUAAAUAAAAUAUUUUAAUAGGACAUAAGUUAGAAAGGACUAAAAUGCCUGGAAUACAUGUGUGCAUUUGUCCAUUAGGAUAAAAUAUAAAUGCUUUACUUAGUAAACAAGAUGCAUAGAUCAAACAACUUCUGAUAUUUGAUUGCUUUAGGUUGCUGAAGCUUGCACAAAAAUUUGUGAUUGCCCUGCAAUUGAAUGCCCAGCACUGUAUUAUUUAUACAUAUAGAAGUCUGCCAUUUAAUGAGAUCUUUACAAACAACUGACAUAAAAUCAUUAAGAUUACCAUAAAUUUAAGUAUUUUGGCAGUGCUAAAGAUUUAAAGAACAAAAGUUUUUCAACUUUGAGUACUAACUCUACUAUUAUAUUUAGAAGGUUUUUUGUUUUUGUUUUUUUGUUUUACCAUGUCUUAGUUAGAUUUAAUAAUUCCAUCUGAUCCAUUUGACAAACAAAGGUUUGAAACAGACCUCAGCUUCUCUAAGUUUGUUUAUUUUUGUAGUCUACAGCUGAGUGGAGAUUGAAUGGAAUUUGAUCUGAAAGCAUACUUCAGUGAAAUAUUGUCUGUAACUUACUGAUAUAAAAUAUAUUUUCUAUAUCAAACCAUUCAACACAUGAUUGCUCAUAAAGGCACUUCUUUCGUGCUCCGGUGGUUUAAACAAUAUUAUAAAAAGUUUACAUUGUGACUGAGACAUUUAUUUUUUUAAAAGAAAAAGGGGAUGUUAUACUGAGCACUGAUCUUUUUGGUAGAAAACUAAUUGCAGUAUAUGUAUGGCUUUAAAUUGCGUAUUUUCCCCACAAGAUGGCUCUAAAAGAAUUGUUUGAGAGUUGUAACCUUUAUAUGUUCAAAACAAAUAAAACAUUAACAUUUGCUGUGUCUCUUA